UUUCACGGCGUCGUCUGCUCUCGUCCCAUUGGCGCAGGUGAUCCGUCUCAGGAUGCGAGAGGAGCGCGGAGGAGAGGGGAAGAGAGAGGGGAAAGCGCCGAUGGAAAAGUGUCCAGGGCUCGGUUAACAAGAAAACAAGGAUACCGGCCCGCUUCAGUUUGUCCCGGGCCGCUCGGCGAUGAGAGAUUCACCGAAAGGGGCACUUUGAGAUAUGAUGAGGUUUUUUUCUGGUCGGCAAUAGUACUAUGAUUUGGUAUGUGGCCACUUUGAUAGCAAGUGUAUUCAGCACCCGAGGAACGGCCGCUCAAGGUGCCCACGGAGUGCGAGAGGAGCCUCAGUUUGUGACGGCACGUGCAGGAGAGAACGUCAUCCUGGGAUGCGACGUGUCCCACCCCCUGAACGGCCAGCCCUAUGUGGUGGAGUGGUUCAAGUAUGGAAUGCCCAUCCCCUUUUUCAUCAACUUUCGCUUCUACCCUCCUCACGUGGACCCAGAGUAUGCUGGCCGGGCCAGUCUGCAUGGCAAGUCAUCCCUGCGGAUAGAGAAUGUGCGUUCAGACGACCAGGGCUGGUAUGAGUGUAAGGUGCUGAUGCUGGAGCAGCAGUAUGACACCUUCCACAACGGCAGCUGGGUGCAUCUAACUGUCAACGCUCCCCCCACAUUCACAGAUACACCACCUCAAUACGUAGAGGCCAAGGAGGGGGGGAGCAUCACUUUGACCUGCACGGCGUUCGGCAACCCCAAACCCUCGGUCAGCUGGCUGCGGGAAGGCAGCCUCAUGGUCAGCAGUGCCAAGUAUAAGGUGUCUGAUGGGAGUUUGACGGUGCUAUCCAUCACCCGGGAGGAUCGAGGGGCCUACACGUGUCGAGCCUUCAGCCCCCAGGGAGAGGCCAUUCACACCACACGGCUGCUAGUACAAGGCCCUCCAUUUAUUGUAUCACCUCCGGAGAACAUUACAGUGAACAUCUCGCAGGAUGCCUUCUUCACCUGCCAGGCCGAGGCCUACCCCCGUAACCUGACCUACACCUGGUUCUGGGAGGAGGACAACGUCUUCUUCAAGAAUGACCUAAAGCGCAGAGUCAGUAUUCUCAUUGAUGGUUCCCUCAUCAUUGCCCAAGUCAAGCCAGAGGAUGCUGGGAAAUACACCUGUGCUCCCAGCAACAGCCUGGGACGACCACCAACUGCCUCUGCCUACCUAUCAGUGCAAUAUCCUGCCCGUGUGGUAAACAUGCCAUCUGUCAUCUACGUGGCCAUUGGUCUGCCUGGCUUCAUCCGCUGUCCUGUAGAUGCCAACCCCCCUGUUACUCUGGUUAAGUGGAAGAAAGAUGGCCUCCCUCUACGGAUAGACAAGUACCCUGGUUGGAGCCAAAUGGACGAUGGGAGCAUCCGUGUGGCAGAGGUGACAGAGGACUCUCUCGGCACCUAUACCUGCAUGCCUUACAAUGCCCUGGGUACCAUGGGAUGGUCCCCUGCUGCUCCCCUGGUGCUAAAGGACCCUCCCAAAUUCUCAGUGGUUCCUGGAGGGGAGUACCGGCAGGAGGCUGGGAGAGAGCUGGUUAUUCCCUGUGAGGCAGAGGGAGACCCCUUUCCCAACAUCACAUGGAGGAAGGUCGGGAAGCCCAGUAAAAGCAAGCACAAUGUUCUGCCCCGAGGCAGCUUACAGUUGAAGUCACUCACAAAGGAGGACCACGGGGAGUGGGAGUGUGUCGCCACCAACGUUGCCACGAGCAUCACUGCCAGCACGCACGUCCAAGUCAUAGGCACAAGCCCCCACGCCCCCACCAGCGUCCAUGUGGCCGCGUCCUCCACCUGGGCCAACGUAUCCUGGGAGGCGAGCUACGAUGGAGGCUUCCAGCAGACAUUCUCAGUCUGGUAUGGCCAUGUGCUGAAGAGGGAGCAUUUAGGUCCACAUGACUGGCUUUCCAUACCCGUGCCUGGAGGCCAUGACUGGAUGGUGGUGCCCGGCUUGGAGCCAGAGACAACAUACCAGUUUAGCGUUCUGGCCCAAAACAAGCUUGGCACAGGCCCCUUCAGCGAGGUUGUCACUGUGAACACACUAGUAUUUCCUAUAAGUACCCCUGAACCAUUGGUGCUGCUUACCCCACCACGGUGCCUCACAGCCAAUCGCACGCAGCAGGGCGUCCUGCUCACCUGGAUCCCACCUGCCAAUCACACAGCACCUAUCCAGCAUUAUGUCAUGGAGUUUCGCCUGGGGGAGCGAUGGGACGUUUUGGACGACAGCAUUCCCGCUGGGGAGACGGAGUUGCUUGCCCGAGAUCUUGUCCAGGAGGCAUGGUAUGAGUUCCGUGUCAUGGCCAUCAUGGAUGACAUGAUCAGCGAGCCUAGUAACGUAGUAGGAGUGUCCAGCACAGACUUCUUCCCUCCUCCGGAGUUGGUGGAGGAACGUGGACUGGCGCGACCAGUUGUGGCUGGCAUUGUGGCCACCAUCUGCUUCCUGGCAGCAGCUGUCCUGUUCAGUACGAUGGCUGCCUGCUUUGUCAACAAGCAGCGCCGGAGGAAGCUCAAGAGGAAAAGAGACCCCCCUCUUUCCAUAACCCACUGCAGAAAAAGCAUGGAAACUCCGAGUCCUCUUAGCCUCAUUCCCAGCGUUGAGCCCUACUGGGAGGGGCUGGACGCAAGCAGGUACAGGCCCCAACCCUCCAGUCCUCAGUCAUCUUCAGGAAAGGUGAGCCCUGAGAGUGUUCGUUCAAAGGCAUCCCCAUCAGAAUCAUCUGAAGAUAGUCAUGACCAGCGUGGGAAGAAACCACCCCCAAGCCCAGGGAAGAAGGAAGAAUUAUCUUUAUACAAGAAGACCAAAAGAGCAAUAACAAGCAAGAAGUACACCAUCUCCAAGCAUGAAGCGGAACCAACAACGCCCAUUGAACUCAUCAGCCGGGGCCCAGAUGGACGCUUUGUCAUCGAUCCCACUGAAGCAGAAAUGUCUGUCAAGCCCCGGCGAAUUGAGGGCUUCCCCUUUGUGGAAGAAUCUGAUCUCUAUCCUGAAUUCCGGCAGUCAGACGAAGAGAAUGAUGAUCCCAGGCCUCUGCCACCAGUUAUGGCCCCUCUUCGGCCUCAUCAGAUUUCACCAAUCUCAAGUCAGGAAUCUUACCUGCAACCUCCAGCCUACAGCCCUCGUUUCCACAGGCCCUUCGAAGGUAUGACCAUCAUGGAGAGCAGUCGGCUCCAGGCCACAGGGCAGAUCCGAGGCUCUCUCCACCACAGGGCUUUCUAUGGCUAUCUAGGCCCCCCUGGAGAUCAUGAUCCCCCUCCUCCUUUUUACAUGCCUGAUACCAGCCCACUCAGCUCUGUCAUGUCCUCCCCUCCCUACCUCGCCGAAGGUCCUUUUGGUCACCCUAUGAUUCCUGAAGAAAUGGGAGAGGGUGAUUUUCCACAAUAUGCUGUCUCUGGUUUCCCACUUCCUCUAACCCUCACCACCUCCUCUCGUUCACCGGAGAUUUGGCAGGGACUGGAUUUCACUUUUGCAAGUCUGGAGGGGCCCCAGUUCAUUUUCCCACCACAUCAUCCUUUACACCUCCGCCACGACUCCCCUUACCCCCCUCCACCUCAUGUUCUUCCCCUUAGUGCUUUUCAGCCGUCCCCUCUUCCAAUGCCCACCUACCCAGCUGUUCUGCCACUGGAGGCCCCAAAGAGCCAUUCAAGCAAGUCUCCCAGCAAGGUCAAGCCUCAUGGCUCCCCAGCCAGGCAUUUAGCUAUGCAAGAGGCACAUUUAGGGCAGCUAAGACACACAAGUCACGGUAUGGGUGUGCCGGUUUUGCCUUACACCGAUCCAAUGGCCCAUAUUGUCCCUAGCACAUUCAGUAGCUUGGACACGCGAUGGUUUGAAACCACCCCUCGUUUCAGUCCAAGACAGGCUCGUAGGAUGGAUUCUGGCUUGCAGCAGGUGGUUCUCCAACCCUCUCGACUCUCACCCCUCACCCAAAGUCCCCUUAGCUCUCAUGAGGGUUCCCCAGAGAUUGUAGUGCGUCCCAGGCCACGUCCCAGCAUUGUCCACCCUUCCAUACCCCCAGAGAUGUCUGAGAUUACACUCCUCCCUCCUUCCACAGCCAGCUUCUCCAGGAGAUCUUCCCCCUCCUCCUCACCUGCCCAAGGCCAGGGUAGCAGGAGAGCAAGCCCCAGCUACCGUUCCCACAUGGCCUUUGCCACCUCUGCAACCAGCUACCCAGCUUCCCUGUCCCCAUCACCCCCCAUGGAAAGCAGCAACAUAUUUGGGCAGAUGCCAUCUCAGAGGAGGACUGAGGAGGAGAUCCUUCCAUCUGAGCCUUCUCCACCCCAGUUGUCAGCUUCAGGAAAACGUCGAGGUGCGCCGAGUGCCCUUUCGGGGUCUGAGAGGAUUGAUGCACUGAGAUACCAACGUAUUAAAAAAGCCAAGAAGAUGACGAUGAACAACAAUAACUCCAAGUCCAGAUGGAAAGCAGGUGUCUCCACCUCUCAGACCCAGCAGGCCUACACCUCUCAGGUACUCCAGCCCGAAGAAGCUCUCUACCUCCGCAAGAAGAAGAAACGACCCAUCCUCCAUGACCCAUAUACUCGCUUUUCUGCUCUGCUGUACCGCCGCCCACAUCGAGAGGACCAGAAGGCUAUUUUGGCUAGCAUGGAUGACAUAGACCUAGACCAUGCCACCCUCCUCUGAAAGCCCUUGAGGACAAGGUCACAACCGUGCAAUACGCCACCCCAUUCCAAAAUAAAACUGCAGCAGCUACAUCCCAGUGGAUAAAAACAACACAUUCAAUUCAUAGAUAGUUGCAAUUUAUUGUUGACGAAGGAGAAUCUCUCUGUAGCUACACGCUCAGUCAGUUCAAUUUGCAUUAGUAAGCAUCCCAAUGUGUUCAUGAGACCUUGACGAUCACACACAUAUUCAAAAAAGACCAAGAAUACUUUUUAGAAACCAAACUUAUUUCUUGUUGUGAAAGAAAUUAAGUAGAGAUUAAGGUGUUGGUCUCAAAUCAGUCAAUGAAAAAACAGCCUUUGUAGAUUUGAAUUACAUGCCAGAUUGGUUCUGGCUCUAAGGCUUUUCCUCUGAAAAAACUUUGGAUAUUUUGUACAACUACUGAUUGGGUGGUCCGAAGGUAAAAGAAUGUUAUGUAUAUUCUUAAAUCAAGUAGUGUUCCCUUUUCAAAGGGAAUUGAUUCAAAUCAAAACAAUAGCUGCUACACUUUCUAAAAGUUUUACUCCAGUGCAAAAGGUUAAUUACAGACAGUAGGCAAUACUUGACUACCAACUCCCAUUUCUCCUGUUUUUUUUAUUUGUUUAGUUGUAUCCCAGUGUUCCUGCUCAAGGUUUAGCAUUUUUAUUAAUUAGAAAGUCUUCUCCCAGCUUGGGUCAUGUUUCUUGUGCUGAGCAAACAACUCCCCUUAACCCCAAAGGAAAAAAAAAAAACCUGAGGGUCUCCGUUUACAGCACCUUCCACGGGAUCAUCUCCGCCAGCAACUUCUAUUGUCUCCCAAGAAACUCGCCUCACAAAUAUGGGUGUUCUUACUUCCUACCACUUAUACCUCAGAGCACAGGACACGAGACCACACAACCACCAGGAUCAGCCAGCAGAACAAACUAGCCUUUCUCACCUCAUUAGUGAUUGUUGCACACGUUGAGCAUUUAGUUCCUGCAUCCUUCUGAAUGACGGUUCUGUUGCGGAGGGUCACUCAUCUUUUCUGCUCUGUGGUAAAUGAUCAGGACAAGGGCUUGUUGUUUAAGGAAUGUUUGAGCAACGGAAACGCAACCUUUAACUAAUUUACUCGGCCUAAUUUUCACUGUCUGUCAUUGCUUACAGAGACAUGCACAUCUGCAGUCCACACGCUAUUUUUUGCCAGCUAAUAAUGGGCACACUUCAAUUGCAGUGAUGUGGCGAUUUCUCAGUAAGGAGAAAAUCAUUUAGUUCAAUUUGAGGUCAUAUAAUUGCUCCAAUUAACAGGGCUUCAGCUUUAGCUUCUCAGAUCUCAGAACAAUUUGCACUGGAGCAAAAUCUUGUCCAUUUGCUGUUCCUUUACAUCUCCUUCUCCACUUCUUCUACUUUAGGUAGCUUAGAGGGCUCCAAAUCCUAUUCAGAAAGUCUUUCAAAAGAUGCGUCAAUGAAAAAAUGAAACAGAUCAUACAUAGUGGAGGAUAGGAUUUUGUGCCAUAGUAUGUAAUAGUAUUUUUUUCAUACAUAUUAGAGAGCGUAAAUCACUCUGGCUUUCUUUGGCCUUAUUGGAGCUUCUGGUUGUUUGCCUGCUUAACUCGUGUCAAAUUUAUGUUUAUUUACAAUUGAUUUUUUUUUUAUUUGUGUCUUUGUGUGUGUGUGUGCACCUGUGUGCACAUGUGUGUGUACGUAUCUGCGUCUUUCGGCCACUUUUUGUUCAUGUGCUUGUGAUUUGAAAUGGAAAUGCUGAGAGUCCAGUCAUCCUCUAGCGGAACAGUGUGUGGCAUUAAAGGCACCACAAAUUGAGCCAAAAGUUUUUGUUGUAUUCUCCACUGGUAUAAGCAGUUUGGUUCACAUGUUGAUUCGAGGGUUGCAUUUUUCCUAUUUAGGCUGAUAUGUACACUAAGGGGCUAAAAGUACAUCUUUGUUUAUGAUUGGAUGAGUAAAGCAAGUGCCAUAACAUCAUAAGACUCAGCUAUAUAUCGCACAAUGCACAUGCUGCUGCUCGGUCACAUUUUAGAAUCAGCAAACGAUGGGUGUGUGCUUUAAUAAUCCCAGAUUUUGUUGUGUUCUUUUGUUUACAUCAAAAGGUGCUCAGUUUCUUCAGAAGGCGUAUUUACUUGUAGAUGUUACGGUAACAUAUGUUACCACAUGAAAAAAGCGUAUCUGGAGUGGUAGAUCACUGGUGAUGUGCAUUUUUUUAUGUAUUUAUUUCUUUAUUUGUGCACAUUUUUAUUGUGAUUUUGAGCUGCAACUCCAACACGGCCUUCUUAAAUCAGCCACAUUUUAAGUGUCUAAAUUCGGUUGCUUUGUUAGGAUAUUUCCACAAUAAAUGCUUCCAAAAGAGCAGUAUCAAAGUUUCAGAUCUUUUAAACUUCUAAAGUGCAGGAGGAGUGAAAAGCGAUGUUCAUUUUUCUCAUUUACAUCGAUUUAUCAAUUUAACAAAGCAGGGAAUGCUAUUGUAAAUACUUUAACGGCUACUGUCUUUUGAAACCAAUCAUCAUACAUUAUUAGAUGAGCAAAAAUAAAACAACAUUUUAAAAAGGAAGACUCGCAACCAUAUCCAGAAAACCGGAAAGUUAAUUAGGGUUGCUUUUGUAGUGAAAAAAGCAGCCAUUUCAUUAUAGAAGCUAGUGCCUUUAUUUAUGAUGAAAUGAUCAUGUCUGUAAUAAUGCACUUAUUGUGGAAAUACAGUUUAUAAAAUGUAAUGUUAAUAUCUGUAACAAAUGUGAAACUACAAUCUAUACUUCCAAAGACAAUACAGAAAAUUUCAAUGAGAAUGAAGUGGUGUUCAUCAGUAUAAACCCACCACAAAAACCAAUGGUUUUUAUUCAUUUUAACAAUGAGAGCUGCUGCCCAACUCUGUGACUACUGUGGUGUUUAAUGGACAAGAUCAGACAGAAAAGGAGUCCAGAAGUGUGUUUUUACAUUCUUUGUAAGACACUAACUGAUGCAAUGCUGACUGGAAUCUAUCAGUGAAGAAGCCAUCUCAUCACAGGUGCUUUAGCAGCGGUGUCAAACAACGGCUCCCUCUGGCAGCCUCAGGUGCUAAGCAAACCAUGGAGUAACAUGGAGUAACCCUUCCUUAUAAGAGUACAAAUGCCACUUCCAUUUUCAAAACGGACUAAUUGCUGUAUUUUUGUAUUUUUUGAUAUAAAAGAAUAGGCAGUUGGAGUGGUGGUUGGAUUCAAAAUCACAGUGAAAGAGAAAUGAGGAACUCUUCUUCCAUACAGCCUCUAUUAUGGCACAGCAGCAGCCAUAUUUAAAGAAAGCUGCAGGCAUUGUUCAAAUGUCUCAUUUCGCCUUGUAGCUGUUGAAUAUCGUUGUUCUUAGGCCAUCCGUCGAAACCGUAUUUAUAUUAGGUCGGAGAAGAAGAGUGCCGCAGUUUCCUUUCAACAGGACAUUUUGCUUUAUUGAAUGUUUCACUACAGACCUUGUGAUGUUUGUGUUGCUGGGGUCCACUGGACAGAGCUCUGCUGGGAGUUCACUGAGGGGAUGGGUGGAGGCACCGGGGCGGUUGAAGGCCUCUGGCAGUGCACUUGUCAGUCCUGCAAGACUGGGCCAAAGUCAUUGCAUGUAUCACUGUGUAGGAGGAGACGAGGUAAACACAUGAACGAUUAAUAUUAAUCAGGACUAUGGCAACUCUAUAAGAAAUGAACAAGCUGUUACUGUUAGUUAUGUUUGGGAUAUCAGUGACUGGCAUUUUUAACAAAUUCUUUCAAAAUGAUGCAUCUGAUAUGAGAUCAGUUCUUUCAAGAGUUUCAAACAAGGAUUUAUGAAAAUAAUCUAACUGCAUAAACAAUAACCAUAUCUUGUAAUGUACAUAAUGUACCAACAUGUCCAAAUAUACUUAACUAUUAUAUUGUUUUGUUAAGGAAUUCAUUCUGCUAUAUAAAUAUAUAUUAUCUGGGAGAACCUCACUGAUUCACUUUGCCAACUAAACACUUUAUGGAAUUUGUAGAUGUAAUUAGUCUUAUAUAUUGUAAAAUGUAAAAUAAGAAAUUGCAUAUUUUAUUAAAAUUGGUCAACAAUAUGCAUGCAGUUAGAGAAAUUAAUACAAACGUAUAUUCCCUUUUUUUUUAAUUAUUAUUUCCACAUGGAAAUAGUUUUAUGUAGAUGCUGCUGUGACUGUUUCUACAAAGUCAGUCUAUAUUUUCCAAGUUAAAGUGAAGAGUGAAGCUUCCCUCGGAGCACACUGGAGGUCCAGUUCAGUCGUCUGCAUCACCUCCAGAAUGAAAGCACGUUCCAAAUGAUACGACCUAGCUGAACUCAAAUACUAAAGUGCGCUAAAAUGAUGUGCACACAAUGCAGGUUCGGUGGUGUGAUUUUUUUUUUAUUGCAUUUUUUUGGUUGAAUGCCAACAUUUUUUUGAGGAAACCCUGAAUAUACAAAGUUAUGGGAGGAGCUCUUGAAAUGAGAGGGUGGAUUGUAGCUUUGUGCGACUGUGUAGUUCAAUGAGACUAAUGUGGAGUGAGGACAGAGCAAGCUGGAUGUGUGAGACAUCUGAAGUAGGCAGAGAGAGAGGUCGCAUUUGCCUCAACAAAGAAGUACUGUAUACCUCUUCAUGUGCCACAGAGAAACAUGUCUGUGUACAUAGUGUAUAGUGACAGAUUUGAUUUGCAUGGUUUGAAUGCUAUUGAUCAAAAUAGAGAACUACCACUACCAGAGCAAAGCCUCUGCUGUUACAUGUUAAAAAAAAAGCAUGGCAACAGCGUUCCUUGCAACAUUUUAAAGCUAAAGCCAGCGAAAAAGUUUUGCUUACCUGAAGGCUCAGAUUUAAACUGACUAUAAAACGCUGUGUACACUGCAAAUCCUAAUGUUAUUCACAGCAAACAACACAGCUGUAGUUUGAUGAGUUCAGUGGAUUCAACCUUCAGAACCGUUUGGAUGUGAUCUGUUAAUGAGAGCACAGGUGUUUUCAUAACACACGCAACAUGAAUGUUCCACUAUGGAGGACAGACAAAUAAACAAAGUGGAAAUAACUAAAUGCAGAAAUAAAGCGACCAAUACAUGAAUGAACAAGAAAAGCACUCAGAGAUCAAGGCUGCUCAGUCGCUGUAUAAUUAUCUUAAGUCAGCUGGGAUCGACUCCAGCCGUCCCUCGACCCUAAUGAGGAUGAAGCGAUAUAUAGAUAAUGAAUGGAUAAAUAUUUGAUCAUGGCAAAGAGCAUUAAAUGAAACUUUUAAAUGUAUUUCUAUAUUCCAGUUUAUUAUCUUUUAUGUAGGUUAAUUCUGUAUUUUUUUCUGUAUUUUUUCUUUCCUUUCAUUCUGUAUCACCGUAGAAGGUUAGAGGUCUUCACCUCAAUCUAAGUUAUUGCAUGUAGUCAGUAGAAGGUAGCAUAGAUAGAUUUUCAGAUUUACAUUUGAUAGGAACAAUUUGCUUUAACCAGUUUACCAAUCUUACAUUAGACUGAGGCCACUGAGGACCACACACCUAAUUUGCAUACAGAUAAAAUGUCUACCGAAAAAAUGGAACUGUAGAAACACAGUGGCAAAUAGGUAAUUAAAUAAAUGUAUCUGAUCAUUUAUUUCUGCAACUAUUUAGUUAUUCAUACCCGAGUCAUUUUUUGUCCUCCAUAGAUCUUACAAAUUGUAGUUUCAAGUAACAACAAACCAGUGUGAUUUGAUGCUCUUUGUCAGAUUGCAGUCAGACCUGUGCUGAGUACAGUAGACAGUAAACUUUGGAUUCUUUGUGAAAGGAGGAUUACUCAGUCCUCUACAGUGCUCUACACUUUGGGAUCACCGUGAUGAUUUGCAGUUGAUGGAACUGUACAGGACUCCAUUUACGAGUUAUGUCUGAGGAAGAAAUGUCAUUUAUCCUUCAUUAAAGAUCAGUUUGUAAGAACAUUCUCAGUACUGUAUCACUGGACUCUUAGCUAAGGAGAACUAGAGAGACUUGUCUUUGUGUGUUGUAGAGAUUCAUAUUUUUAACAUGUUGAACAAACUUUCACUCCAUAAGCCAAAAGAGCAGAGAUCUCUGGUGCUAACACAUGCUGCACGAGUUACUUUUUUUUUUAACUUUAUGGACCAUGUUUAGUUGCUAAAAUGCUAGAACUGUGCCCGACAACAACAAACUGCCAUUUUAUUUCUGUCAUUUCCUCAAUAAACAAAACAAAAGGAAUUUAAAAAAAGGGAAGCAAAUAACUUUUUGAGUAAACGUAAACCCAAAUAGGCAAUUUACACAUGUUGUGAUGAUAGAUUUUCAUCAUAUCGAAUGCUAACAGUAUCAUGUUGACAUUUUGGCUGUGAAUUGCAAAUUGAUCCAAUGGUAAAAUGCGUCACAUCUCUGUGUUUGAAGCGAAAAAACAGCCCAGCAAGUGAAAUGUUCUGAUAAGUUUAAUAAUAGAGUACACAAAGUCCACAAAUGACAUGACAUGAUCAUACUUAAUACUGUCAGACUCUUCAGUUGUUUUUCAUUAAAAAAAAAACAUCCUUUAAAGGGGAACAGAUAAAAUAUCAUAUUUUGUUGGAAGGGCGGCAGCAGACAGACACAUUGAGGCAGAGACUGUCAUCUAAACUAAACUUGACACAUAGCCAAGCUCUCUCAGAAACAGCUUUUUUUUUUUUCGCAAUGCAGAAAAACCGCUUUUCCACCGGUGUGCGACUGCAACAGCACAGAGUGAAGCGCUGAACAGAUUUUGUCCAAACUUGAGUGUACAAAAACAUCAUUGCAGAUUUGAAACUCAUAAAAGAAAAGUUCCGCUAACACCAUGUAAAUAACAGCUCAACUGAGCAUACCAUAUAUGAAUAUAUAAAUAUAUUUUUUGCAGAUGAAAACAUGAUGCACAUCAUCUCUACUGAUGACUGAGUGGGAACUGCGUAGUGUAGGGUCUGCUUCAGCGACACAUUAUAACAUGACGUAACAGACCAGUGUCUAUACUGUAUGUGAGUGAUGGAAACCUUCUAAAUGCUAGAAAUUAGUUUAAAAAUUUAAUAUGAUAGAUGCAAGAAAUUUAGAGAAAAAAAAUGAUAUAUCUAAAUAACUAACUAAAUAAAUAAAUAUACAUAUAUAUAUAUAAAUAUAUAUUGUCAUGGAACCAAAAUGGUGAUAUGAGUAUCUAUAUUUGGGGACAGUACUCGUUUUAAAGAAUGUAUAAGUCUAUAUUCUAUUAUUUUUAUAUCCAUUUGUUGCUUUAUACUGUAGCGAUGCAGAAUCGUACACAAAGUAGAAAAAUAUGUCGUUCAGUUGUGUACAAAACAAAAGAAAAAGGUGCACUAAACUGUACUGUAUAUCUCACUGUCUAUUACACAGACUCUCAGAGAAGGAUACAGCAAACUAGUUUUUAUAGUAAUGUCCAUUUGGUGUGAAUAGCAAAUGUACCUGUUGAAUUCUUUGUGGGCCGUCAUCUUACCACACUGCUCAUUUAUCCUUUAGGGGACCAGAGUUUAGCUCCUCACUAGGUUAUUAUGUAUUUUAUCUCAUUUAUUUUUUAAAACCAGGCUGGCUUCACUAGCAAUGUUUUUUUUUUAAUAUGCUUUGGCAUGAAAGACUUUUGAUUAUUUUCUCCCCCUCCCCCAUACUAUGGUGCUCCCUUGCAAUCUGUAUCACAGCAGAGCACAGAAAUCUAAAUGUAUAUUCAUCAAAUUCACAAACUGUGCAGAUAGAUAAUGUUUGACAGCGUAUAUAUUUACAGUAUGUAUGUACGAGACACAGUGCUUCGUGAUGCUGCUUUGGACUGACGUUAGGGGAGGAUCCAAAUGUUUGAUUUUUGGUCGUAAGCUGAAGCAUGUACAAGGUAAUGAACAUUUUCUUGCCUUAGGCUCUGAAGUGGAGGUUGAACAUUGCAGCAGCUGCUAAACGUUACUCCAGACAUUCAAUUCAGUGCUGUACAUUGCCAAAAAACAAAAACAAAAAAAAAUAUUACUAUGAAAAAAAAAACAAGACCACACACAUCAUAUACAUUCUGACAACUGGUGCUAUUUAAAACAUCUGUGGUGCUUUUUUUUAAGUUAGUUAUUUCCUUGCUUCAGACAAAAUGUAGCUACACAAUCCUGUACUGUACUGUAGGCUGCUCUCUGGCCAGUCUUUGACCUGGUUCACGCGUGUUUGUCAGAGGGUUUUUCUUCGACUGCUGCUGUUUCAGGGAAUACACAGAUCUGAUUGGACUAACAUUUGAAGUAAAAAAAAAAAAAAGAAUUAAAGCAAGGAAAUUUAAUAGGACAUUCAUUUAAAUAAACAUCAAUAUUGAGUUUCUUGGACUUUAUUUUGUUGUUCAUUUUGGGUCUGGACUUCACAGUGCUUCAGUGGCUACUGUACUAGUAGUUGCAAACACAUCCACACAUUGUGCUUGGUGCUGAGAGAUUAGAUAUGCUCAUCAUGAAUUCUGACAUCUAUUCUAGUUAUCAAAAGUGUUCUAUUAGGUCAAGGAAACAUACUAAGUUAGCCUACAGGUGCACUUUUAUGAUAGGCUGUGGGUCAAAUCAGUAGGUUUGGUUCCUCUGCAGCCAAACUGCUCCACAAACCACCACUAGAUGGAGCAACCUGUAGCGUUACUAUGUUUGAAGACCAGAUAAAGCACCGAAGUACUUUUUUGUAAAGACGCCGUUUAAAACUUGUCACACACAACUUUUUGGAUAUACAAUACAUGAAAAGUUUAAAUGACAUGAAGCUGAUUGUGUGUUUUUUUUCAAUACAAAAUGCAAUACAAUUGGAAGAAGAACAAACUGAACUCACUGUCUCCUCUUAAUUGUUUGGUCUUCCUGAGAUGUGUAGAACUGGUUUAAGUUACAGUCCUUCUGGAAAACAACACGUGAGUGUUUUCACUGUUAGUUACAGGUGUAGACAACUCAGUACCUCAAACUGUCUCUUCAUGGAAACCUUUAGUCCAGAUGUGUAACUUAUUUGUUUCUAAUGUUCUCCAUCUCUGAGAAGUCAGUACCCAUAAUGCUUUUUAUAUUUGUUGGCACAAACACUAACAAGAAUGUAUGGCUAUUGUAAUCCCUGCUCACUCCCCACUCUUCCUAAGAAUUGAAGCUUUUAAAGCAACUAAAUUGAACUGUCAGUUUUUUGUAUUUCAAAUGUCUUGGUAUGCUUGUUGUAGUUGUAUAUUCAUAAUGGUGUAUAUUACAUCAGUUUUUAUUUAUUAAAAUGUUUAAAUUUUCUAACAUGA